UGACAGAGUUACAAGUAUAGAUUGAUAUGAAUUAAUACAGAAUGUGUGAGUAUAGGUAAGCUAAAUAAACUACACUCAGUUUUAAAAGCUACCAGAACUGAGUUGUUGCCUUUAAGUAGGAAUUUGAUAUGUAGAAUAAUGCUAAUGCACAUCCAAGUAAAGGAAUUAACUGAUUAAGAUACAUUAAUUGCAUGAAAGCUACAAAGAAGACUAGCUGGCUGCAGUAGAAAUAUACUGUUAUGUAACAUUAGAAGGGGCUUUUGAAAGGAAAAGUGUUCUCAGAAAAUCAAAAAUCCAGGUUUCUAUUUGUUGGGGGUUAGGGAGUGUUGCUUGGGUUUUGGGUUUUUGUCUCGCGUGCAAUUAAUAGUCUGCUUCUCUGAAGAGGAGGAAAAUACUGUUCUGACGCCUUUUCUGACUAGGUUUCGUAGUGGUGUUACAUAUACCUUUCAGAUUACAGGAGAAUUAAAUUCAGUGAAUGAGGCCUAGGAAUAUUUCUUUCUAAUCAAUUUUUAGUUAUAUAUAAGAUGCUAUUUGUAGUGAUUAAAGGCAAAUCAGAUUUUUUCCUUCCAGUGUGGUUGAGAAAUUAAUUUUAAGAAUAGCUCUACUGAUGUGGCUUAAAACAGAUGAAGAAGAUAGGAGGGAGAGCUAAUUCCAAAUAGGUCUGGAAAACAUUACCACCACCAGUGAAUGGGUUGAUCUUAAAUCUCAGCUCCAGAUGACUUGUCCUACUGUUUGUAAGGGAGAUACAGUGUGUCAAUACAGCCAAAGGCCUUGGACCUCUGAGACUUGCCACUGAAAAUCUGGCUCACAAGCUUCAUAGUUUUGCUCAUCAUUGUACUUUUCAAGAUCAUCUCAUGCAGUCUGCUGAGGAGCAAGAUUUCACUAUGUCAUCUGUUACUGAAAAUGGAGAUGUUACUGCUGGAAAGCCAAAUGAGGAGAAAACAUACAAAAAGACUGCAUCCUCAGCUAUUAAAGGUGCUAUCCAGCUGGGAAUAGGAUACACAGUGGGAAACCUUACAUCAAAACCAGACAGAGAUGUUCUUAUGCAAGACUUCUAUGUAGUAGAAAGUGUCUUUCUACCAAGUGAAGGGAGCAAUCUCACCCCUGCUCAUCAUUACCCUGACUUCAGAUUUAAGACGUAUGCACCUCUUGCCUUCCGCUAUUUCAGAGAACUUUUUGGUAUCAAGCCUGGUGAUUACUUGUACUCCCUCUGCAGUGAGCCUUUAAUUGAAUUAUCCAACCCAGGUGCCAGUGGGUCCUUAUUUUUUGUAACUAGCGAUGACGAGUUCAUCAUCAAAACAGUUCAACACAAAGAGGCUGAGUUUCUUCAGAAGCUCUUGCCAGGUUAUUAUAUGAAUCUGAACCAGAAUCCAAGGACUCUUCUACCCAAGUUUUAUGGGCUGUACUGUGUUCAGUCUGGAGGCAUUAAUAUUAGAAUCGUUGUAAUGAACAACGUUUUGCCACGAGCCUUGAAAAUGCAUUUCACGUAUGACUUGAAAGGCUCCACAUACAAACGGAGAGCAUCAAGAAAAGAGAGGGAGAAGUCCAACCCUACAUUCAAAGACUUGGAUUUCUUGCAAGAUAUGCAUGAAGGGUUGUAUUUUGACUCUGAAACACACAGUGCACUAAUGAAAACACUACAGCGGGAUUGUCGAGUUCUAGAAAGUUUUAAGAUCAUGGAUUACAGUCUGCUACUGGGAAUCCACAUACUGAACAGUAACAUGAAGGAAAAAGAGGGAGAGAGUUCCCAGAGUGCAUCGGAUGCAAAGCGGCCCGGGGGGCAGAAAGUUCUCUAUUCCACAGCCAUGGAGUCUAUACAGGGCCCUGGAAAGACGGGAGACUCUUUCACCACAGGGACAACAAACACAAUGGGAGGUAUUCCAGCUAAAAGCCAUAAAGAAGAAAAGCUGCUUCUAUUUAUGGGCAUUAUAGAUAUUCUCCAGUCUUACAGAUUAAUGAAGAAGCUGGAACAUUCAUGGAAAGCUCUUGUUUAUGAUGGGGAUACUGUUUCAGUUCACAGACCAAGCUUUUAUGCAGACAGAUUUUUAAAGUUUAUGAGUACAAGAGUUUUUAAGAAAGUUCAAGGGUGCAGUCCUUCAGGAAUAGACUGCUCCAGUGUGGGUCUCCCAUGCGAACACAAGUCCUGCAGCAAACCUGCUACAGCGUUGGCUCCUCUCUCCACAGAGCCACAGGUUGUGCCAGGAGCUUGCUCCAGAAUGGACUAUCCACAGGGUCACAGCCUUCUUCAGGCUUUAAAGUCUUCACCUUCAAAGAAGCGGUGCAAUUCCAUCAUGGCUCUGAAGGCAACAUCACAAGAAAUAGUGUGUGCAGUUAGCCAGGAGUGGAAGGAUGAAAAGCAUGGCAUUCUUGCUGAAGGACAAAGCUAUGCCAGCCUUGAUGAAGAAGUACUAGGUUCGCACCGCCGGCCAGAUCUGGUGCCAAGCGCUCAAUCUCUGUUUGAAGCGACUUCCCUGGCAACCACAAUUUCUUCUUCUUCCUUGAACGUAGAUGAGCAUUGUCAACAUGAUCAACCUAUGCUCCAUUGUAGCAGUAAGGGCUCUUUGCCUUCGAGUUCAACGUUCACUUUAGAAGACAGUGCCAUCUGUUUGACUUCAGAACAGAGCACACUGGAAACGGAAAAUGAUAAUGCUUCAGUUCUGGAUGUCUACUUAUAACAAAGAAUACACAGAGAGUACCAAGGUUAAUGAAGAGCACUUUCUGCACUCCUAAUUUAAGAAGGAGGAAUUUUCUGAGCCUAACAGAUGAAGAGUAAUAGUCAACUGGAUUUAUUCUAAGUGUCAGGAUCUCUGAAAGGAUUGAUUGACUUGGCAAAAAUGACUUGAAACAUUCCACUCUGCUAUCAUCUGCUGUUGCUUGCUGAACUGUGAAGAACUCUGUAUUCAGGCUGCUUUCUACUAUAUUGCCAAUCACCUUUUAUGGACUUGGAAGUGAUAUUUUUCUUAUCAGCUCUCUAGUGGUUUUAUUUGCAUGCAUUCUGUAACUAUGCACAAGCAAAAUCUAUUGUCUGCUUUACCUAUUUAAGAAUAAGCACAGUGAUUAAUAAAAUUAAUUUAAUUAGUUUUGAUCCUUCAGUUCUAAUCACCUAGGUCCACAUUAAUGGAAAUUGGAAUUGAUGUCAUACAAGGGUUAGGGUAAAUCUCCACACAUACUAUAUGAAAUGAGUCUCUAAAGAUACUUUCACUGCUGGUGAAAAGGAGGGAAAAAAAAGUUAUUUAUAAAAAGGCCUUAUGUUGUGUAUAUAUUGUCUUUGAAGUAUUUUUGAUUUUAGUUUAUUUCUUGUAAAAGAGAAAUUAUAUAAUUUAUUUAGCAAAUACUACUGUAAACUAUAGUUUUACUGAUGAAUAAAAUAUUUUGUUCUCAAAACUA